AUGCAUUUUAAUCCGAGAAACGUCUUUGUUAGUGGUACCGUUACCGCUAAUCUAUUUGUUUCCUCGUAUGUGGGAACGAUCAGUACUUUACAACUUUCGAAAUUUUCAAAUGGGUCGUAUUCUCUCGAUACUUUAUCCGUCAAUAAUGUCACGACCGAUAAUCCAUCUUGGUUACACAAGGAUCCUCAUAAUGGUAUCUUGUAUUGUUUGAAUGAAGGUUUAAGCGUCGUCAACGGAAGUAUCUCGAGCUUCGCAGUCGGUGAUGAUGGCAGUCUGAGUUUGUUGGGAAAUGAAUUAACCAUCAAUGGACCUGUCAGUUCCGUCCUUUUCAACGGAGGAAAAUCCUUGGCUGCUGCCCAUUAUAGCGGAGCUUCACUUACAACACAUAAUAUUCAAGCAGAUGGAACGCUAGCACCACUCCAAACAAUAACCUUUACCAUGCCUGGUCCCGGCCCCGAUCCAUUAAAACGACAAUUAACGCCUCACCCCCACGAAGCCCUCCUCGACCCAACAGAGAACUUCAUUGUAGUCCCCGAUCUAGGCGCCGAUCUCGUGCGCGUCUUCUCCAUUGAUCCCAAGACAGCUCUCCUCACAGAAAAAACCCCCUACACAGCACCACCAGCUUCUGGUCCUCGUCACGGUGCCUUCCACGUGACUGACUGCAAUCAAACAUUCUUUUAUCUCGUGUCCGAAUUGGGAAAUACGGUUACGAGUUUUGCUGUUUCUUAUGAGAAUGCCACUGCUGGUAUGACUUUUACCAAGAUUGACACUCACGGUAUUUUUGGAAAUCAAACCACUCCCGAGGGUGCCGCGGCUGCUGAAUGUCUUAUCACCCCCGACGGCCGCCACAUCCUCACCAGCGCCCGCAACGCCACCAUCCUCUCUAUCCCUCAACCACCCGUACACCCACUAAACAACACCGCUCUUCCCUCGGACACCCUACAAACCUGGACCAUCAACUCCAGCCCCGACUCCGAAAACUCCACUAUCGGCUCCCUUUCAUUCUCGCAACUCCUCCCCGCAGGCGGUUUCUUCCCCCGUCAAAUGUCCAUGAAUAAAGCAGGAACCCUCGUCGCCGUAGCUCUUCAACGCAGUGCGCGAGUGGCUAUCGUGACUCGAGAUACAAAGACGGGAUUAUUUGGGGAGUUUGUGGCGGAUAUUCAGAUAGGUACUUUUGAGGAUGCGUCGAGUGUGGAUGGACAGGUUACGAGCGUGAUUUGGGAUGAGGAAGAUAGUUUGUUGUAG